UUCCUCCCAAAAUUUUAGAAAAUGUGACAAGUUCCGAUACUGAUGUCCGUGAAGGGACAGACGUGUCAUUGAGGUGUCAAGCAUCAGGAUCGCCCGCUCCUCAAAUAAAAUGGAGAAGAGAAGACGAGAAAGAUAUCACCCUAGGUACAAAGCAAGUGCCAAUUGUCGAAGGGCAGUUUUUAAACAUCACGAAAACAAGUCGACUUCAUAUGGCAGCCUAUUUAUGUAUCGCAUCCAAUGGAGUUCAACCUUCUGUCAGCAAGAGAAUCAUGCUCAACGUCAACUUUGCUCCUAUGAUUUGGAUACCCAAUCAACUUGUGGGAGCUGCGAUCGGUGCCGAUGUUGUUCUAGACUGUAAUCUCGAAUCCCAUCCAAAAUCGGUGACAUACUGGACACGCGAUGGGGGUGGUGUCAUGAUUUUGUCGAACAUUAAGUACAACAGCAUCGUGAGGGAUACUGGCCUCUAUAAAGUGCAGAUGACCUUGAAGGUGAAGAAUCUCCGUCCCGAAGACUUCGGAUCCUAUAGCUGUGUGGCAAAGAACUCCUUAGGAGAAACGGAGGGGACCAUCAGGCUUUACGAAAUACCCAAACCCCAUUCUUCAACAUUCCCAUCACGAGGAGGCUUGGCUAGCAGUAGAGCUGAUGGCGCUCAUCAAGCUACAGGUGAAAAAAUGAUACGAACGUGGCAUAAAGACGGUACUGAAGAAGGUCGAAUGCAAGAUUUAUCCAAUGGUGAACUGGAGAAGAGGGACUCGCCUUCGCCUGUCACAGUCUUCACAGGCGGGGAGCAAG